AUGGCGGAGAAAGAUAGCACAGGCGAGAGUAGCUUUCUUUCUAGAGUAUUCUCUGAACUGUUUAGCAGUCCAUUGAAUAUUGGACUACUUUGUAUUUGCGGAUUUUUAUUGUAUAAAAUAAUAAAAGGUAGGGGUAGCAAUGACCCUCCCCCCAAAAAGCCGGAAUUACCAAAAAUGAAAAAGAGGGAUUUCACAUUAGAACAAUUGCGUGAAUUCGAUGGAAAAGGUCCAGAAGGAAGAAUUCUAAUAGCUGUCAAUGGAAAGGUUUUCGACGUAACUCGUGGAAAAAGAUUUUAUGGGCCAGGUUCUCCAUAUGGAGUCUUUGCUGGACGUGAUGCAUCUAGAGGAUUGGCAACAUUCUCCCUGACAGAGGACGUCUUAAAAGACGAGUUUGAUGACCUUUCUGACCUAACUAGCAUGCAGAUGGAAAGUGUCAGAGAGUGGGAGAUGCAGUUUACAGAAAAAUAUGAUUACAUUGGUCAACUUUUAAAACCUGGAGAGAUACCACAUGACUAUACCGACACAGAAGAUGAGAGUGCAGAGAAGUCCGAGGCUGAUAAGAAGUCGGACUGAAAUGUUGACGUGGGUGGUUGCCAUUUUAUUAUUGGCUUAGUUUGUUUCAUGGAGUAUGUCUUUUCUCCAUUAUUUUUCACAUUGCCAUAUUUCUUUGUUUAGUAAUGUAAGGUAUAUAAUAAUCACAAAGGAAAAUAACAUGUUCAUGUAUAUGUGGUUAAUAUCACGUUCCUGUAGUCAUAUACCUAAAAUUUCUUUGGAUGUUUGAAAAUAUCCUUUCAGCCACAGACACUACAAAUACAUACCAUAUAAGCAGAAAUUUAAGCAAGGAUCAGUUUUGGCAUUUUUAGCAAGGGUAUUGAGAUUUUAAAAUUGAAUAUCCCUAACAAUUCAUUCCACAUGUUUCUAGGCAUCAUGAAUCACUAAAUUUGCUUUUCCUAAAAUUUUAUAUCGCUUUUUUAAAGGAAAAUUUACAAAAUUUUGUCUCGCUAAAAGUUCCACUUAAGGUACUUUUAAGUAUGACAGGAGUUUAAAAAGUGUCUUGGAUAUUCAAUAAAGCAAAAGUAUAUUAAAAACCAAUUAUUGUCAUGUCCCUAAUGGAAAAAUAUUCAAUACCGUAUUAUAGUAUUUAUCAUUAUGUAUUAAAUAGGCAAGUACAUGUAAAUGAUGAGCACAUGGUGCUAAUUUGUUAUUAUAUGUAGGAACUGCUUGUAGAUUUACAUGCAUGUUGUCCAAAAUGUUGUAAAUAUACACUCAUCAUUACAAUAACUGUUAACAUGUUUAUUGUAGGUUAGAUGUUGUUAUAUAAUUUUACAUGCCUAUUAAUAUCCAAGAUAUUUGAAGAAAGGGGAACAAAUAAAGUAUAAAAUGUGUAGACAAUAAUUGAACCUUUGGACUUUGAUGCAGUAGGGAGUUUCUACUUGUUUUUUUUUUUUUUGUUUUUUUGAAGUUGCAUGGAAUUUUCCAGCAUUGGAAUAUAACAAUCUUUAUUUUCAUGUAGCAAUACAAUUACUGAAGACUAGCUCCUAAAGCCUAUGGCUCAAAAUACUUUUAGCAAAGUUUGCUCAGAAUAUUACCUAUUAGAUGAGAACACUACCCAGUACACAUAGUACUGUCAGAUUUAUAUAUGUUUCAGUUUUAAACUCCAAGCAAUAGAAUUUUGUUAUUAUAUUCAUCAUUUUACUUUAUAUUGUUCAUUUUGUCAUUAUGUCAGGCACUAGGAUUUGAAAUGAUUUUUUACACAGUUAAAAUGUACAAUGUAAAUAUGAACUACAUCUGUUAUAAAAACAUUUAACAGCUACAUUGUAGUAAAAAUAUAUUUUUAUUCUGAAGAACAGACAUACCUUAUUGUUGUAUUUAAUGCUUUUUAAAGAUACAAAUGUAUGUUUAUUUGUUCAAGAUUCAUCUUAAAUUUAAGAUAAUUUUGAAUGUCAGAACUUUUCCUUGAAUGCUAGUCAGACAAUUAGUUGUAAAUGUUCAAAUUGAUACUUAGCAGUAAUCAGCCUGAAAAACCAAUAGAAAGUCUUUAUCUUUUUUUUGUUUGAACCACAGAUUUUUUUUCCAAAGAUGGUUGCAACUAAGGAUACAGAAGGCAGGCUAACAUUGUAGUAGCAACAUAAUAUAUUCCUCACACCAUGGAAUCUUUUGAAAAUUUAAUUCUAAAAGGGUAAAAAUACUGCUUGCCAAAUGAAGCAUAUGUCAAGCAUAUAGUUUUGAUCAUGCAUAAUUUUUCUCCUCUCUGCAGUGACAAGUGUUGUAUUAAUUUAGAUUCAAAUGCAGUGAUACCAUAUUUGUUAUUGAAGAGCUGAUGUAGAGAGUGGGGUCUUAAGUUAGCCUUGUACCACUGUCUGUUCACUUGUUUUGAAGUUACAUAUUAACUUAGAGAUUUAAAGAAACAUGGUGAGAUGCCCUACAAAGAGACAGUCUAAACUCCCUAUCUCGGGGGUAUGUCCUUAAUGCAUUGGAUAGCUCAUGUGUAGCAUUGGCAAUUUCUGUCUUAUUUGAAAUCUAAAAAUUUUUGCAUGAACACAUACAAUGUAGAUGAAUUUGAUGAGAAUUGCUUUACUAUUUUUACCUAUCGGUAUAUAUACCCAUUCUAGAGCUGUCUUCUUAGAUCCUGUCUUUUUGCCAAAGGAUCAAAUUUAAUUUAAAAUACUUGUACCAGCAUAAGAUAAACAGCUUACCGGUAUAAUCCUGUUUCAGACUUGGCACCAGUAAUUGUAAACUCAAUGAGUAUUAGCAUUUUUAAUUGUACUCAUGUUUUAGUCACAGCAGACCAAUUACUGUAAAAAUAAGUGAUGUUUUCAAAAAAAAAGACGAGCUGUCUAGAUUUGUAUAUAGCUUCAAUUAAGCUGAAGAUGUUGAUUCAUGUUGACAUAUACAUGCUUUUUUUUAAAGAUUCUUUUUUUUUCAAGCUUCUUUCUGCCGUUUUUCAAAGAAUGUUUAUAUCAGAUUUUUAGCAAAUUAGUUUGUACAGAUUACUGAUUUUUUUCCCUUUAUUUUCACUGUUGCUUAGUUGAUAAUACCAUCCAGUCAAAUGUAUGUGUACUUUAUACAUUUGAUUGUGUUCAAUAAAAUAUAUUUUUGAAA